AUGAAUUUGGUUAGAGACACGCUCCUGCAUAUCCCCCUCAAACAUCUAUUUCACCCAAAGACUGGCUUUGUUGAGAAGCAAGUAGUCCCCUUGCCUGGGAAUAUCUUCAAUGUUCCGUUAAGGAGGGAUAUCCUGCACUCCUGCGUUAGAUCCUUCUUGCUGUCCAACAGAGACGGGAGUAUAGCCCACGUGAAAAAUAGGCACGAAGUCGCUGGCUCACAUAGAAAACAACGUCCUCAGAAAGGUACAGGUCAUUCUAGAAUGGGCACGAAGCAAUCGCCGUUGUUGGUUGGCGGUGGCCAGGCUCAUGGCCCACGUAACACCCGCAACUGGACGCGUAAAUUGAAUAAAAAAGUGUGGUCGAUGGGCAUGAAAGUAGCGCUAUCUGAUAAGAUUAGAUCGGCGCAGCUGAUGGCUAUUAAUCAAUCUAAUCUGGAUAUUCCAUCUACAAACAAACUCUGCAAACAACUGAGCAACCUCAAAUUGUUGGAUAGAACGCUAUUCAUCACCGACGACUCACUCAUCCAUCUGGCCUCUAGGAAUAUCCCUACCAUCGACUCCCUUUCCCCUGAAGACGUCCAUGUUUACGACAUCCUCCGUUCUAAGAACCUCGUCGUCGACAUCGACGCACUCAACCUUCUCCAAUCUAAAAUUUCUUUAAACGCCGGUGACAGUGUGGAUGUUGAGCUCACUGACUCUCCCCGCCUUGUAGACAAUGCCCAUCUCUAA